AUGACUUCCCGAUUCAAAUCAGCAAUUUUACGUCAUACUAACUCAAUAAAACACUCUAACUUUGUUGGUCUAAAAGAUACUAUUCGCUCUCAUAUUCCUAAAACUAACAACGAUGCUUCUUAUAUGUCAAAUGAAUAUAUUCAUUCAAGUUUCUUCGAUGAUGAAAAUUACUUAUCGAUUAUCAAAUGUCUUGAUGGUGGCCAUGAAGUCUGCAAAGAUUGUAUAGAAUAUAUGCAAGAUUACAAUGAUCUUCUACAAGAACAUAUUGAUAGUCUUCAUUCAUACUCAAAAAAGUGGAAAUCAAAACUAGAACAACAACCAUCAAUUUCAUCGUAUAAUACAACUAAACUUGCUCAACGUGAAACUGUUUCUACACCUAAACGAUGUGCUGAAAUCUUACAAACUCAACAUGAUACUAUUUUAAACGUUAUUGCUACAUAUCGUACACAAGUGGAACGAAUGUAUCCAAAUGAACGUAUAGGUACUACUCAUAAACAUCAUCAUACUGAAGCUAUGAAAAACUUAUUUAAAGAUGCACGUUCAGCAUUAUGUAAAUUAUCAAGUAAACUUGAAAAGUUACGUGAGCAAGAAACAAAAGCACACAAUGCUCUUCAUGAUGCUAAUAUUCAAUGUGAAAACCUUAGUUUGGAUCCAACAGCGAGUAAAAUUAAAAUUUCAAAUGCGAAAGAUAAUCAAAGUAAACGAGAAGAUAAAUUAGAUGAAAUUCAACGAGAAAUUGAACAAAUCAAAGCAGAAUAUAAUCAAGAAUAUGAAAAUUAUCGUAUGAAAGCAAUGAAUAUUUAUGAAAAAUGUCGAACAUUAGAAAAAGAACGUUUGGAUUUACUUGGAGAAACUUUAAUUAAAUUCAAUAAAGUAGCAUUUUCAUCGGAAUAUUUAACUGAACAACAUGAAAUUUAUGAAGGUCUUAUGUUAAAACUCAAAGUUGAACGAGAUUCUUUAAAAGAUCUUAAUUUUUGGGCGAAAACUUAUCAUGUUUAUGAUUCAACAACAUCUCCUUCAUCGGAAACAAAUCACAAUGAAAGUAUCUCCUCUCAAACAGCUACUACUCCAAAAACAACAAAAUCAUACAAAAAUGAAACCGAGAGUUCUACAACAAAAGAAGAAAACAUACAAGAAUCAGUUGCUGAAGGUGAAGAAGAAGAACAAUCACAAGCAAAUACAACAACUUCAACAAAAACUAAACUAAAAAAGAACAAAAAUAAUACUAAAACGGAACCAACUACAACGAAUGCUGCGCAAUCUAAUCAAGUAUAA